UCAAAAAGUUCCAAGGUCAUUUGUACAUUUUGUGAACAAACUGUGGAAAUCAGCAGCGCAUAUUGACGCCAAACAGUUGACAUGAAGGUCUCUUGGAUGUGCGUCUUUUUCUUCUCUCUGUUGCAGAGACCAACACGAGAGGAGGACACGGUGGCAGAAGACAUCGGAGUUCAUCAGCUGGAACGCUUAGUGGAGCUGCUGACCUCCAAAGAAUGCGAGGACCUCCUGCUCGCCCUGUCUCGCCCAGAGGAGGACAUUUUUCAGCACAUUGAUCGUCUCUCUCCAGAAAAUAAUCAGCUGCAUCUUAAGCUCCGAGCCAAGAGAGACACCUCCUCUGCUGCAGCGGAUGAAAAGAGUCAAUGCAGAACAGCCUUGACAGAUUGGCUGCUGGAGUUUGGUGAAAGGACUUACUACGACAGGCUUUCUCGCGCCUUGCAGCACAUCGGCAGAACAGACAUUGCCUUGGAAGUGGGGAAGAACAUCAACCAGGAUAAGGCAUUAAGCUUAAUGCGCUACGUUGAGGAGUACCAGAAGCAUGGCAACUCUCUGGGUGUCCAGUCCAUCAACGCAGAUGCAAACAGGCAGCAGCAUCCUCAUCAGACGGUCUGCAAAAUAAAGAUUGGGGAUCUGACAUGGAGUGACCUGGAUCUGAUUGUGGAGCGAGGUCCGGUCCCUCCGUACCCUAAGGGACCUCUGGAUGUAGCUCUGCCUCUUUUGUUUGGCAUGCUGCUUAGCUUGGUGUCAUGUGCGGCUCUAUUCCUCAUCAUCCUGCUCGUCUUGAAAGGACGGUGUUGAGUUUAGGAUGUUUCUGUCUGUGUGAAACCAAGUGAGAAUUAGAAAAAUUUAGCAUCGACUGCAAAUAAAUGCAUACAAUCUGCAGAGAUC